GGGGUGGGGAGCACGUGGCCGGUGGGAGGAGUGCAGGCCCGCCGGCUGCCCGCUUAUAUAAACGCAGGCAUCCCGUACCCGUAGUGAGUGUCAAUUAUUAUUGCUUUCUCGUGUCUCGUCACCACAACUACUUCCCUCCCUCACACACUCACCGGAACGAUGCUGCGUGUGCUGUUGCUGCUGUGCGUGGCGUGUACUACACGUCUGGUGGCGGGGCGGUCCGUCCCCCUGCUCCCUCCGCUCUCUAAGUACAUGGCCAACUACGUCAACACGCUGGGCACCACCUGGCAGGCGGGCCACGCGUUUAACGGCGCGUCUGUGGAGGAUGUGCGCAGGUUGUGCGGCACUGUGCUGGGAGGGCCCAAGCUGCCGACACGCACACACAAGGUGUCCCAGAGCUUGCCCGACAGCUUCGACGCACGCACGCAGUGGCCCAACUGCCCGACCAUCGGGGAGCUGCGCGACCAAGGCUCCUGCGGCUCCUGCUGGGCAUUUGGCGCCGUGGAAGCCAUGUCCGACCGCUUCUGCAUCCACUCGAAGGGCCGUGAACCCCACGUGUCGGCCGAGGACCUGCUCUCCUGCUGCGAUGAGUGCGGCAUGGGCUGCGAUGGCGGCUACCCCUCCCAGGCCUGGAACUUCUGGACCAGCACCGGCCUGGUCACCGGCGGCCAGUACAGCAGCGCUGCAGGGUGCCGCCCCUACUCCAUCAAGCCGUGUGAGCACCAUGUGAAUGGCUCGCGCCCGCCGUGCAGUGGGGAGGGCCCCACGCCCAAGUGCGUGCACGAGUGUGUGGGGAUACACGCCGCACUACAAGGCCGACAAGUACUUGGUAAGAAGGCGUAUAACAUCGAUUCCGACGAGAGUCAGAUCAAGCAGGAGAUCUUCGACAACGGCCCCGUGGAGGCCGCCUUUACCGUCUACGCCGACUUCCCACAGUACAAGUCCGGAGUGUACCAACACGUGGCGGGCGAGGAGCUGGGGGCCACG